AUGUUGAUCCAUAAGGUCUUAUUAGGAGCUCUAUUGAUUGCCACCACAACAGCCCAAAAAAUUGUAUUCGAAGGUCGCCUGAACGGCACAACAUCGUCAGCGUCCAUUGAUAGUGGAGCAACACCCUACAACCCAAACUAUGUUUUGGGACAAGGACUCAAAUGGGCUGAUAUUCUGAAACUCGGCACAGUCAAGACCCCAGCUCUCUUUGAUCGCCCGAAUGAUCAAUCCCUGGGAAUCACGAUUAACGACAAGAGUAUUUUCGCACGUGGUACUCCACCAAACCCACAGACUGGGUUUAGACGUGCGGAAUUGGUACCGAAUGGAAUCAAGACUAUCUUUACAGGUGUUAUGACUUAUCAUUUCAGUGUCAUGGCUGAUGCUACGCGUCCACUCAACUACACGCACUCAUACCAACUGUUGUUUCUCGAAACCACUGAUGGCACACACGUCUUUGGCUUCCAAAUCGGUGGAAUAGAUGGGAAAUCGCUCACACUCAUGAGCUCUUCCGUCGAGGCCUACGACAAGCUCAAGCCCCUGUAUAAUGCACCAUUGACUACCACAUGGCAGAACUGGGCCAUCACUGUUGACUGGACCAAGGCUACUUUGACUGCAUACUUCUCAGCUGGUGCCGCACCACUCACGAAAGUCGUAGACACCAGGCCAAACGCCGUCACGCCGAAUGCUACAGUUAUUGAUAACCUUCACAUUGGGUUCAUUAAGGCUGGGAUGGGUGCAACGAAUCCACACAACGGUACUCAGCCAACUGGUAUCAAUGAAGGAUUGGUCUUUUCCAGUGUCUUUGUUGAAGACUCUGCUGGUGGUGCAGUGACAUUGUCACCUGGUAAAACUGCUGUUGGUGCUGGUGGAGCAGCUGCAGGUGCCCAAGCGACCGGCGCAAAGAUUCAAGGAGCUAAAACGACCAAACUUCCAAAGGAUGCUGCCAAGAUUACUCCUAACGCCAAGCAAGCAAAUGCAAAGGCUGCUGUUCCAAAAGCAUCGCCAAAGUAA